AUGACUGUGGUCUCGAUUUCAGUCAGUGUGGAUGGUGCAAUAGAUGACAGGGACUUGCUAGAUAAGCUAGAGCUUUCAACACUGCUAGCACUACUUGAUGGCUGGCUGGUGGAAGACUCCAGUGUGCUCUCAACGCUGGAAGUUGCUGAUGAAGACACCAAAGAGCUAGAGCUGCUUUCUGAGCUGCUCACACCUGUUGAUGAGGAGGAGGUAACCUCUGAAGAUGAAGAUGUGACUUCGGAAGAUGAAGAUGUGACUUCCGAAGAAGAUGAUGACGAUGUAACUUCCGAAGAAGAUGAUGUGGCUUCAGAAGAAGACGAGGAUGUAACUUCCGAAGAAGAUGAUGACGAUGUUGCUUCUGAAGAUGAAGAUGUAACUUCUGACGAUGAUGAUGUGACUUCGGAAGAAGACGACGAGGUAACCUCUGAAGACGAGGAUGUGACUUCGGAAGACGACGAGGUAAUUUCUGACGAUGAUGAUGUGACUUCUGAAGAAGAUGACGAGGUGACUUCUGAAGAAGACGACGAGGUGACUUCAGAAGACGAGGACGUAACUUCUGACGAUGAUGAUGUGACUUCGGAAGAAGAUGAAGAUGUAACUUCUGAAGAAGAUGACGACGUAACUUCUGACGAUGAUGAUGUGACUUCGGAAGAAGAUGACGAGGUGACUUCAGAAGACGAGGACGUAACUUCUGACGAUGAUGAUGUGACUUCGGAAGAAGACGAGGAGGUAACUUCAGAAGAAGACGAUGUAACUUCGGAAGAUGACGACGUUAUUUCGGAAGAUGAUGAUGUGACUUCGGAAGAUGAUGAUGUGACUUCAGAAGACGAGGAGGUGACUUCUGACGAUGAUGAUGUGACUUCGGAAGAAGACGAGGAGGUAACUUCAGAAGAAGACGAUGUAACUUCGGAAGAUGACGACGUUACUUCAGAAGACGACGAGGUGACUUCUGAAGAAGAUGACGAGGUGACUUCUGAAGAAGAUGACGAGGUGACUUCUGAAGAAGAUGACGACGUAACUUCUGAAGAAGAUGACGACGUAACUUCUGACGAUGAUGAUGUGACUUCGGAAGAAGACGACGAGGUAACCUCUGAAGACGAGGAUGUGACUUCGGAAGACGACGAGGUAAUUUCUGACGAUGAUGAUGUGACUUCUGAAGAAGAUGACGAUGUGACUUCGGAAGACGACGAGGUAAUUUCUGACGAUGAUGAUGUGACUUCUGAAGAAGAUGACGAGGUGACUUCUGAAGAAGACGACGAGGUGACUUCAGAAGUCGAGGACGUAACUUCUGACGAUGAUGAUGUGACUUCGGAAGAAGAUGAAGAUGUAACUUCUGAAGAAGAUGACGACGUAACUUCAGAAGACGAGGAGGUGACUUCUGACGAUGAUGAUGUGACUUCGGAAGAAGAUGAUGACGAGGUGACUUCCGAAGAAGAUGAUGUGGCUUCAGAAGAAGACGAGGAGGUGACUUCUGACGAUGAUGAUGUGACUUCGGAAGAAGACGAGGAGGUAACUUCAGAAGAAGACGAUGUAACUUCUGAAGACGACGAAGUAACUUCUGACGAUGACGACGUUACUUCAGAAGAUGAUGAUGUGACUUCAGAAGACGACGAGGUGACUUCAGAAGACGAGGAGGUGGCUUCUGAUGACGUUGAAGAAGUUGAACUGCAUUCUUUGGAUGAGUGGCUGGUAGAUGAGCAUUCUUUAGUUGUUGAACAGUCCUUAGACUUUGAACAGUCCUUAGUCUUUGAACAGUCUUUAGUUGUUGAACAGUCCUUUGUUGUUGAACAGUCUUUUGUUGUUGAACAGUCCUUAGUCUUUGAACUGUCCUUAGUUGUUGAACAGUCCGUAGUCUUUGAACUGUCCUUUGUUGUUGAACAGUCCGUAGUCUUUGAACUGUCCUUUGUUGUUGAACAGUCCUUAGUUUUUGAACUGUCCUUUGUUGUUGAGCAGUCCUUAGUCUUUGAACUGUCCUUAGUUGUUGAGCAGUCCUUAGUCUUUGAACUGUCCUUGGAUUUGCCGUCGGAGCAUGAAGUGGUGGAUGACGUUUCGGUGUGCUUUCUCUUUGCAAGUGCAAAAUCAUCCCCAAAAUCCUUAUACCUCAAAGCAAGUGCGGCAUGGACGAAAACGAGCAACCCGACAACAAAACCCUCAGUGACUCUCAUGAUCAAUUGGACCUACCAGCAGGGCUUCAAGCGAGCGAAUGGCGUUGUUGGAUAA